UACUCAAAAAGAAAAAUACAAAAGCCGAAGAAAACGGUGUAAUAAGCGAGUAGGAUAUUCACCGCGAUUUCUCAAUUCUUUCCACACAUCAUGGGUAUUUCCUGGAGUAGCAGCAGAAGAAGAAACAAUUUCAUUCACAACCCACCGCCACCACCUCAACUUCCACCGCCGCCACCUUAUUAUUACUCUACGGAAUCACAUCCACCACUUCCACCUCAGCAAAAUUACUAUUUACCCUCAACAACUACCCCUUACACCACAGCCUAUGUCACUACUCCACCACCACCACCACCACCACCUCAGAGUCAGACCCAUCACCCCUUCUACUAUUCCAAUCCCAAUUGCUACACCAAUUAUGUCAAUCGACUUCAAUACCAUCCUUACUAUCCCAAUCAACAACAACAACAACAACAAUGGGCCCCACCUCCCCCUUCUUCCUCUACCGCUCCACCUCCCUAUGUGGAUCAUCAAACUGCUAAGAAGAUUAGGAAUAAUGUUAAUGUUCAUAAACAUACUUUGCGCCUUGACCUCGAUCACCAACACCCUGAUCAUCACCUUGUUUCUUUCGUUUUCGAUGCUGUCUACGAUGGCAGCAUUACUAUCUUCUACUUUGCAAAGGAAGAAGAGAAAUGUAAGUUUGUUCCCCAAUUUCCCGAUGCAUUUGAGCCAGUCAAAGUUCCCUUUCAGAAAGGAGUUGGGCAGAAAUUUUCCCAGCCGUCAGGAACAGGGAUUGACCUCGGCUUCUUUGAGUUGGAUGAUCUUUCAAAGCCCUCACCUGGAGAAGAUGUCUUUCCUCUUGUAAUAUGUGCUGAAACAUGUUUGGAAACUCCCUCAGAAAACAAAACUCCUGACGAUUCCAAGCUAGAUGCAACUCCUCACAAGCAAAUAACUCAAGCUGUCUUGGAGAAAAGUAAUGGCGAUGGUGCUUUUCAGAUAAAAGUAGUUAGACAGAUUCUUUGGAUUGAUGGUGUUCGUUAUGAGUUGAGAGAGCUAUAUGGAAUAGGAAGCUCAACAGCUGCAGAUUUUGAUGACAGUGAUACCGGGAAGGAGUGUGUGAUAUGCAUGACAGAACCAAAGGAUACAGCUGUCUUACCUUGUCGACAUAUGUGUAUGUGCAGCGAAUGUGCAAAAGCUCUGCGGGUUCAAUCCAACAAAUGCCCUAUAUGCCGUCAGUCCAUCGAGGAACUUAUGGAGAUUAAGGUGAACAAUAGUGAUCGAUGAGGGUUUUUUCUCCCGUGCUUAGUUGAAUUGCACGACAUUCCCUAAAAAUUCCUCACUUCCUCUUUUUGUAAAUUUUAGUCAAUAAUUUGUCUAUAGUCUGGUUGUGUAUGUGUUUGAGGGAAAAUUUGGUCAUGUACGCAUUUAAAUUGCGGUGAUUAAAUGUUACUCCCGAGUCAUUUAUACUGUAUAGGUCAUAAAUUUUCUUGGUGAUGUUUGAGAGAUUAUUUCCCUGGUUUUCUUUGAACAAGGGACAAUUAUAAUGAAUGAUACUUGGUUUGGUUUUUAAGUUUGUAAA